CUCGGCGGACCCCUGGGUUUGGUUCUGAGGGCCUUGGGGUUGAGGAGGGCUGACCGGAAGUGAGCGCGGGGCUGACCGGAAGCGAGGCCUGGAGGGGAGACAGGCGGCGAGCGGGCGAGCGGGCGAGCGGGCGCGGGUCCCCGGAGGGAGGGGGCUUCCCGGAGAAGGGGCCUGGCGGGGGGCGGGGGGGAGGUGCCGGGGCGGGUGCGCGCGCCGGGCGGGCAGCGGGUCGCUGCUGCGGGUGUGUGCGGAGGGCAGCGGGGGAGGCCGGGGCUGCCUCGGGGGCCCGGGGCCGGUGGAGCCGAGGGGCCCUCGCGCGGCUGCGGAGGGCUGGGUGCGAGGGAGUCUGGAGGUGGAGGCCGGAGCUGGGAUUAGCGGUGCGGGCGGUGCGGCUCCGGCCUGGGGUCGGCCCGAGGGGUCUGCGUGGGCGACCUCGGGUGGGAGGGCGUCCCCGACAGCCCUGCGCCCGCGCCCCCCGCCCCCCGCCCCGUGGGGUAGAACCCCACCGCUCGCCUUUGUACGAGGAGCAGCGGGGUCUCCUGGGGCAGGGAAGGAGCCAGCAUGGCCUGGGCCCUGAAGCUGCCCCUGGCCGACGAGGUGAUUGAAUCCGGGCUGGUGCAGGACUUCGACGCUAGUCUGUCCGGGAUCGGCCAGGAACUGGGUGCUGGUGCCUAUAGCAUGAGUGAUGUCCUUGCAUUGCCCAUUUUUAAGCAAGAAGAAUCAAGUUUGCCCCCUGAUAAUGAGAAUAAAAUCCUGCCUUUUCAGUAUGUGCUUUGUGCUGCCACCUCUCCAGCUGUGAAACUCCACGAUGAAACUCUGACGUAUCUCAAUCAAGGACAGUCUUAUGAAAUUCGUAUGCUAGACAAUAGGAAACUUGGAGAACUUCCAGAAAUUAAUGGCAAGUUGGUGAAGAGUAUAUUCCGUGUAGUGUUCCAUGACCGACGACUGCAGUAUACUGAACAUCAGCAGCUGGAGGGCUGGAGGUGGAAUCGACCUGGAGAUAGAAUUCUUGAUAUUGAUAUCCCAAUGUCCGUGGGUAUAAUCGAUCCUAGAGCUAAUCCAACCCAACUGAAUACAGUGGAGUUCCUGUGGGACCCAGCAAAGAGGACAUCUGUGUUUAUUCAGGUACACUGCAUUAGCACAGAGUUCACUAUGAGGAAGCAUGGAGGAGAAAAGGGAGUGCCGUUCCGAGUACAAAUUGAUACCUUCAAGGAAAAUGAAAAUGGGGAGUAUACUGAGCACUUACACUCAGCCAGCUGUCAGAUCAAAGUCUUCAAGCCCAAAGGUGCAGACAGGAAGCAAAAAACAGAUCGGGAGAAAAUGGAGAAACGAACACCUCAUGAAAAGGAGAAAUAUCAGCCUUCCUAUGAGACAACUAUACUUACAGAGUGUUCUCCAUGGCCCGAGAUCACAUAUGUCAAUAAUUCCCCAUCACCUGGCUUCAACAGUUCCCACAGCAGUUUUUCUCUUGGGGAAGGAAAUGGUUCACCAAACCACCAGCCAGAGCCACCCCCUCCAGUCACAGAUGUAAGUCUCAAAUUAAAUAACCUCUUGCCAACAACCACACCUCAGGAAGCUCAGCAGUGGUUGCAUCGAAAUCGUUUUUCUACGUUCACAAGGCUUUUUACAAACUUCUCAGGGGCAGAUUUAUUGAAACUAACUAGAGAUGAUGUGAUCCAAAUCUGUGGCCCUGCAGAUGGAAUCAGACUUUUUAAUGCAUUAAAAGGCCGGAUGGUGCGCCCAAGGCUAACCAUUUAUGUUUGUCAGGAAUCCUUGCAGUUGAGAGAGCAGCAGCAACAGCAGCAGCAGCAACAGCAGAAGCAUGAGGAUGGAGACUCAAAUGGUACUUUCUUCGUGUACCACGCCAUCUAUCUAGAAGAACUGACUGCUGUUGAACUGACCGAAAAAAUUGCUCAGCUUUUCAGCAUUUCCCCUCGCCAAAUCAGCCAGAUCUACAAGCAGGGGCCAACAGGAAUCCAUGUGCUCAUUAGUGACGAGAUGAUACAGAACUUUCAGGAAGAAGCCUGUUUUAUUCUGGACACAAUGAAAGCAGAAACCAAUGAUAGCUAUCAUAUCAUACUGAAGUAGGUGCCGGGCAUUCCAUCCUCAGUGGUUGCUGCUUCCUUCACCUCUUGCAAGCUUCCCUCCUGAGGGGAGUCGCUCGCUCCUGGAGAUUUGAAGGUCUGCAGGAACCUGACCCACCCGACUGUGUAUGGGGGAGUCCUGGCCAAAGAAGCAGAACCCUAGCCAUCUGUGGGCCGUGCUCCUGUGGCACACACAGAUUAUUGCCCAAUGUGCAUUUCCGAAGCCGUUUCUUAGUUAAAAUUUAUGGACUCUGUUGUUGUUGAAUAUCAUUAGAAACUCCACACCAUUUAGGGUGUUUGUAGGGCAUAAUGAUGAUGAUAAUUGUGUGAUGUUUAAUGGAAAGAUGUUAAAUUUUGUGAUAUGGAGCCAUGUAAUUUUUUUUUAAUAUAAAAGUGAACAUCUAUAUUCCUAA